AUGGCACUCCAUACAAGCACCUUCAUCUCGCGCAACACCGCCGACCUUCUGGCGCACAUAUCCCACCUCCGUCCUACCCUCUCCGCUCACCCCCUUCUCUACACAAUCUCCGUCUCCCAGCUCACCGAUCCUGCCCAACUCUCCCAGCUCGUCUCGUCUGUGCAGUCCAUAUCCAGCAACUCUGUCGGCUCUCUGUCCGCGCCUAUCCCGUCUGCCCGCUCCGCUUGGCAGCAGCGCACCGCGCUAUCUCUUGCCUCCUUUGACGACGCGCAUGCCACCCUCUUCCGGAGUGCAAUUCCUGGCAGGAAAGCGGCACAGGUCGGGAGGUGGCAUGCCAUCCACCAGAAGGAGAAGGAGCCCGACAACAUGGAUUAUAGUCAACACAUCGACUGGGAGAAUGCGCUCGCCGACUCUCAUCAAGGCAGCACGCUUCCUUCUGCUCUCCAGUCCUUGUCCGCCGACUCUGUCAACGGCGUCCUCUAUCUCAGCGACAAGGCUCCCGAAGGUCUCACCAGCGCGCUAGGCAAAUAUCGCAAUGCAACCAAGCUAGCAUUCAUUGGCACGUCAACGCCCUUCGUGACCGGGAGACCGUACACGCUCUUCCACAACGACGCCGUAUAUUCCGAUGGCGCCGUAGGCGUGUGCCUAUCAACGCCUACGCUGCCUAGCCUGCGCAGCGAUUUCCCGGGGCUGGAAGCUGUCACCCGCCCAAUGCUAGUGACGAGCACGGAAGGCAACCUGGUCAAUGCCCUGGACAGCGCGAACCCGUCCCGCCUCCUCUUACAUGCCUUGCAAAACCACCCUGCUGCCCCGACCCCUGAGAACCAGAACGUCCCCAAAGAGCUACGGGUAUACAUCGGGACGCUCAAUCAGCACAAAGGCGUCUACGAGGUGUCCCAGCUGUUCUACGUCAUGUCUGGCGACCCCUCCAGGGGGUCCAUAGCCCUCGACAGCGACACCGCUCCGGCCGAGGGCUCGCUCGUCCAGUUCUUCGUGCUGCCUCCAUCGGCGAAAGCAGAUGUGCUGGGCGAAGCGCAGCGCCGGUCCGGCGCGCCUCGAAGCCUGACGUUCGCCACCACCUCCGUCGAGGAGCUCAGCGCCGCCUCGCCUGCGGAGGACGAGGAUGGCCCGGAGGACGACACGGUGGUCCUGCCGGACGUGUUCCUCGCUGCGUCCGAGAACGGGUGCCUUGUCAGCCGGGCAGGGGAGAGCGGGAGCGAGAAGCCUUGGAAGUCCGUCGUCCCUGGUGGCCUGACGAGCUUGCGCUGGUCGGUGUGAUGCCAUAGGUGUCUCUCGGCGAUUUGUACGUAGCCACGAACCGGUCAGAAUGUAAUGUGGAUUGCAAGCUACCGUCGGCACCAGUAGUAUCCAGUCUUGUAUUACAACCGCC